AUGGCAAGAAGACCUGAUAACCAAAAUCCAGAAGGUGAAAAUCUACGAAUCAAAAGGGUAAGACUAGAGUCGGUCAGGCAGAACGAUGAGGAGGAAGAAAAUGAAGUAUCGAGAACACAAAAUAUCGUCACAGAUAACCGCCAUGACAGCCCAGAGGCCGUAGUCGAAAUCAUUGGAGAGCGAGCUCUUGAGAAUACUUCUGAGGAAGAUGGUGAUGAUGAUUUAUCUCUCUUUAGAGCACUUGAAGAAGAUCCAGGUAGCGACCAUAACACCAGUAACAACGAUUCUGGGAAUCAUGACAGGGAAACAAUGCAUACCGAAGAGCCAGAAGCAAGUUCUGGUAACAAUAUCACAUUAACGAAUAAUGUUGAAGAAUUGCACACAAUGGACGUUCUUUCACAAACAGCAAACACUCCGAGUGCUUCCCCGAUGCUUGACGCAGCACCGCCGACAACGAAACCUGGAACAAAUAGUAAGGAACAAACUGUUGAUUUAACUGCAGAUGCCAUAGACUUAGACGCUGAAGAGCAACAAGUGUUGCAAAUAUCAGAUGACGACUUUCAGGAGGAAACCAAAGAAGCACCCAAAGAGUAUGGUGCAGCCAAGGACUAUCGCUGCCCGAUUUGUUUUGAACCUCCAGAGACAGCCCUCAUGACGUUAUGUGGGCACGUCUUUUGUUGUCCAUGCUUAUUUCAAAUGGUUAAUAGCUCAAGAACAUGUAGACAGUUCGGCCAUUGCGCUCUUUGUAGAAGUAAAGUGUACUUAAAGGAUGUGAGGUUAAUUAUUCUAAGGAAAAAGCAAGUCAAGAAGAAGGUAAAAAGCUAG